AUGCUUUUGAAACGUCAGGACAGUAAAACUAUGGUUCCCGAGAUCGCCUUUUCUUCUCAAUUAUGUCCGGGGACGCGCAUCUUCGCUUCUAUUAGCAAUAUUUACGGGCGCGAAGCGCUUGAGUCUGCACGACGUUGGGAAAUAUUUACCCUUCGUGUGUCUUCUAAGUACGCGCAAAUACAAUUCCUCCACAGAUGCCUUGACAAUCAUGUGCUUCCGAAGAGCCUGUCGUACAGGCCACCGGUGAACACAAGUCUGGCCAAACGGUGGGUGGCUGAACAUGGCAGACGAAUGAUUCGGGCGCUUCUACAAGAUUGCCAUCUUCGACUGCGUAAAUACAACAGGGUUUUGAGCCAGGCGGUUACAAAGUGCGUCGAACUCAUCGGUGAUGACGGAGUCGCGCAGUUGCAAGAAGUGAUUAAUAAACGGGCCCGGAACCUGCGAGCAACAAGAGAUGCCGAGCUGACGGUCAAGCUCCAAAGCAUAAGCAAAUCAUCUCAAGAGGAGAACGAAGUCCUGGUGCACAAUAUGUCCUCUAAGCAGCUGACUCCUGCACAAAUGAAAGUGCUGAGUCAUGAGGCUUGCUUCAACACCACAGACGCCGAUCCAGUUAGUCUCGUGGCCACGGUAGAGUCGAUUCUCAAACAAACCGGGGAAUCCGACGAAACAAAGCAUCUCAUUCUACAGCAGGUAGCCUCCUUGGCGAUGUCACACAAACCGCGUGCAACUAUUACCAAGGCCGAGCAGAGCGCUCUCAAGACACUGAGGGCUGACACCAGCAUCGUGAUUCUACCAGCCGACAAAGGGCGUUCCACAGUUGUGAUGGAUAAGGCGGACUACAUUCAGAAGGCCAAUGCCCUACUGGAGGACCGAGAGGCGUACCUACCAUGUAACGAUGAACCGAUGAGAAGGCUGGUGACGCAACUGGACAAGACACUCGCCGACAUGCAAACGAGCAAGGCAAUAAGUAAAUCGGUACGACUGGCCAUUAAGCCAGUAGACGCGGCCGCACCAAGGUUCUACGGAUUACCAAAGGUACACAAAGCCGGGGUCCCCCUCCGGCCAAUCGUAUCAUUGCGCGGCGCACCUACAUUCAACUUGGCCAAAUGGCUGUUCUGA